AUGCUGCACCUGCUGCUGCUCUGCCUGCACUGCCUCCCGCUGGCCUCUGGGGACUACGACAUCUGCAAAUCCUGGGUGACCACAGAUGAGGGCCCCACCUGGGAGUUCUAUGCCUGCCAGCCCAAGGUGAUGCGCCUGAAGGACUACGUCAAGGUGAAGGUGGAGCCCCCGGGCAUCACGUGCGGAGACCCCCCUGAGAGGUUCUGCUCCCAUGAGAAUCCCUACCUGUGCAGCAACGAGUGUGACGCCUCCAACCCGGACCUGGCCCACCCACCCCGGCUCAUGUUCGACAGGGAGGACGAGGGGCUGGCCACCUACUGGCAGAGCAUCACGUGGAGCCGCUACCCGAGCCCGCUGGAAGCCAACAUCACCCUUUCAUGGAACAAGAGCGUGGAGCUGACAGAUGACGUGGUGAUGACCUUUGAGUACGGCCGGCCCACGGUCAUGGUCCUUGAGAAGUCCCUGGACAAUGGGCGCACGUGGCAGCCCUACCAGUUCUACGCCGAGGACUGCAUGGAGGCCUUUGGCAUGUCCGCCCGCCGGGCCCGCGACAUGUCGUCCUCCAGCGCCCACCGGGUGCUCUGCACCGAGGACUACUCGCGCUGGGCGGGCUCCAAGAAGGAGAAGCACGUCCGCUUCGAGGUGCGGGACCGCUUCGCCAUCUUCGCCGGCCCCGACCUGCGCAACAUGGACAACCUCUACACGCGGCUGGAGAGCGCCAAGGGCCUCAAGGACUUCUUCACCCUCACAGACCUGCGCCUGCGGCUGCUGCGCCCGGCACUGGGUGGCACCUACGUGCAGCGGGAGAACCUCUACAAGUACUUCUAUGCCAUCUCCAACAUCGAGGUCAUUGGCAGGUGCAAGUGCAACCUGCACGCCAACCUGUGCUCCACGCAUGAGGGCAGCCUGCAGUGCGAGUGCGAGCACAACACCACCGGCCCCGACUGUGGCAAGUGCAAGAAGAACUUCCGCACCCGCUCCUGGCGGGCCGGCUCCUACCUGCCGCUGCCCCACGGCUCCCCCAAUGCCUGUGCAGCAGCAGGCUCCGCCUUUGGCAAGUGGACCAGGCCAUCUACGGCUGCCCCCCUCUUGGAGAGCCCCCUCUGGCCCCAGGUGUCCUCCGGUGCGGAAGCUGCGGGCACCGCUGCCGCUGCCCCUGCCCCUCCCAAGGGCUCCAAACUUUUCCAGCUCAAGCCCAAAUCUCCUCAAGUGAUGCCUAUUGAAGAAUUCCAAGACUGCGAGUGCUAUGGCCACUCUAACCGCUGCAGCUACAUUGACUUCCUGAAUGUGGUGACCUGUGUCAGCUGCAAGCACAACACACGCGGCCAGCACUGCCAGCACUGCCGCCUGGGCUACUACCGCAACGGCUCGGCUGAGCUGGACGACGAGAACGUCUGCAUCGAGUGUAACUGCAACCAGAUCGGCUCCGUGCACGACCGGUGCAACGAGACCGGCUUCUGCGAGUGCCGCGAGGGCGCGGCGGGGCCCAAGUGCGACGACUGCCUCCCCACGCACUACUGGCGCCAGGGCUGCUACCCCAACGUGUGCGACGACGACCAGCUGCUCUGCCAGAACGGCGGCACCUGCGUGCAGAACCAGCGCUGUGCCUGCCCGCGCGGCUACACCGGCCUGCGCUGCGAGCAGCCCCGCUGCGACCGCGCCGCCGACGGGGGCGGCCUGGACUGCGACCGCGCGCCCGGGACCGCCCCGCGCCCCGCCACCCUGCUCGCCUGCCUGCUGCUGCUGGGGCUGGCCGCCCGCCUGGGCUGCUGA